AUGUUUGGGGGUGCCAUAAGAAAUUGUUGAAGAUAUCAUUAUUUCUAUAGAACAGAGGAUUCUAUUCCAAACUAUCAUAUUGAUAGAGCACUUUUCAAUCUCAAAUUACUAGAAAGAAGACCUCCUGCAUCCUUAAUAUCAGUUUUUUUAUGAUGAAAUUUAUUGAAAUAUAGUAAUAAAAUUUUAAAAAUAAUGGGCAACUUUUUUAUUGUUCUUUUACACUUUUUAUAUAUAAAACUAAUCUUUGAGCUGUCUAGUAAAGAGGAAAUUUCUUGGAAUUAUAUUUCUUUUUUACAAAGAUUCUCUUUGACCAAAAAGGUUCUUUAUAA